CCCUUUAUUUAAAUUUCAAAAAAUCAUAAUUACUUUUUAACGUAGAAUGUUUCUAAAAAAAUACAGAAUUGUUGGUAUUGCUAUCGGAUAGAUUAAAACUAAAUUUAUGUUAAUAAAAAUAGAAAAGGCCGGGUUUGAAGAAUAUGGGUGUUUUCCUCUUGACCUCCUGCCUCCCCUUUUGCGUACUACCACGGCUGACUAUCGAGACAAAAUGAACCUGAAUCCAGAGAAGUCUUGUGGUGGUCCUGGGGAAACGGGGGGAUCCAAUGAAGAACAUAAAAGCUUCCAAUAGAUCAGUAUGCAAUGGGACAGGUGCGUUGCUAUAUCCUUUGUUAGUCAAGAGAAAGUCAAUCAACUUUUGUCUGCACAGACGAUGGCAUUUUAUUCUGACUAAAGAAAUGAUUAGUCGAUGGAGUAUUUUUGUUUGACUUCGUUUUUUUUAUGCGUUCAAGGAAAGCAAUGAUAAGAUGUUAUAAAAGAUAAACAGUAGCAAGAGUAUAAAGUAAAUGAAACGAAAAACGUGUUGUCGAGUACAUAAUCAAAGUCAUGAUUCAAUUGGAAAUAUAUGCAGUGUGGAUAGCAGGAGACCGCCAUUGCGAGUGGUUGAAGAGCACAAUCCUGAUCCAGAGAUGUCGUUGCUUACAUACAUAAGAACAAAGUUGGGUCUAACAGGCACGAAGUCCGGCUGUUCUGAAGGAGGAUGCGGGGCAUGUACGGUGAUGGUCUCCAAUUAUGAUUCAAACUUCAACAAGAUUGUCCAUCGUGCAGUGAAUGCUUGUCUUGCCCCUGUUUGUUCAGUCCAUGGCGCAGCCGUCACAACCGUAGAAGGUAUAGGGAGCACAAAGUCAAAGCUGCAUCCCGUACAGGAACGGAUUGCCCUGGCCCAUGGUACACAAUGUGGUUUCUGCACUCCAGGGAUGGUGAUGUCGAUGUACACGCUCCUAAGAAACAAUCCUCAUCCUUCUAUGGAAGAGAUUCAAGCAGCACUUGGAGGAAACCUAUGUAGAUGUACUGGUUAUAGACCAAUCCUCGAAGGGUAUAAGUCAUUUGCAAACGAUGGUGGUUGUUGUGGAGGAAAAUGUGAACAAGCCGACGCCACAUGUGAGGUACCACGCAGACUUUAUGAUCCGACCACAUUUAUGAAGUACGAUGCAACGCAGGAUAUCAUAUUCCCUCCAGAGCUAUUGCUAUCUACAGCGAAACAGAAUGAGAGUUCACUGACCUUCAAAGGCAUACGUGUGACCUGGCAUCGACCUUUGACCCUGAAUGAACUGCUUGAUCUGAAGACAAAACAUCCGACUUCGAAGUUGAUUGGUGGAAAUACCUACAUCGGCAAUGAAUCUAAGUUUGGAAACAAAGUUUAUCCCAUACUGAUUGAGGUCAACCACGUCCAGGAAUUGAAAGAAUUAAAGGUCGAAGGUGAAAGUGUCUUGGUCGGUGCUGCCGUCACCCUGAGCCAAAUGGAAAUGUUUUUGAAAGAGAUUAUCACCCGGGAACAAAGCUCGAAGACAAGAACAUACCAAGCGAUAGUCGAGAUGCUGCGCUGGUUUGCUGGACGGCAAAUAAGAGACGUUGUGACGAUUGGAGGGAACAUAGUGACCGGUAGCCCUACGUCUGACCUCAAUCCGAUAUUCAUGGCGACCAAAUGUACAGUUGAACUUGUUUCACAGUCAAGAGGUACUCGUUUGGUGUUUAUGGAUGAACAUUUCUUUACUGGACACCGCAAGAAUAUCAUCGAAGCAGACGAGGUGCUGAAGUCGAUCGCUAUUCCCUUCACCAAAAAGAAUGAGUACGUCUAUGGCUUCAAACAGUCUUCUCGUCGUGAAAUGGACAGCGCUAUCGUCAAUGCUGCAAUGAUGGUGGCCUUCGAUCACGGCACUGACGUCAUCAGUGACAUUACACUUUCUUACGGAGGAAUGGCGGAAACAACGGUCUUUGCCACAAAUACGAUGCAGAAAUUAAGGGAGAGGAAAUGGGAUGAAUCCAUGCUGGAGAUAGCCUUCACCUCCCUGGCCGAGGACCUUCCCCUUCCCGCCGGAGCUCCCGGUGGGAUGGAACCAUACCGGCAGUCAUUGGCAGUAGGAUUCUUCUUCAAAUUUUAUCUCUUGGUCCUUCAAGACCUGCAGUCUCAACAGAUCAAUGUUUCUUCUGAAGAGACAAUCGACAAUAGCGCUAUAGCUCUGCUGAGUGAUGGGCCAGUUAAAGGGGUCCAAUUCUUCCAGGAAGUAUCCUCUGGCCAGCCAGACCACGAUCCCGUGGGUCGUCCUAUCAGUCACAAGGCUGCCUACCAACACGCCACGGGGGAGGCAGUAUACAUCGAUGACAUGCCCAAACACUCGAAUGAACUUCACAUGGCAUUUGUCUUCAGUGGGAGAGCACAUGCAAAAAUUGUAUCCAUCGAUACUUCUAAUGCAUUAGCGAUGGAAGGUGUUCAUGACUUCAUAUCUGCUGAAGAUGUUCCUGGUAGUAACCUUGUCGGAGCCAUUUUUCCUGAUGAAGAAUUGUUCGCUACCAAAGAGGUGAUGCAUAUUGGCCAGAUCAUCGGGGCGAUCGUCGCUGAUACCAAGGAACAAGCACAACGAGCAGCCAAGGAAGUCAAAGUCAGCUUCGAUGAUCUCGAAGCGGUGAUCACGAUUGAGGAUGCGAUUGAGAAGGAAUCUUUCUUCGACUGCCCAGUAGUUCUCGAAAAUGGUAAUCUUUCGGAGGCUUUCGAAAAGUCUGACUACGUCAUUGAAGGAGAAUUGAAAGUUGGAGCUCAGGAACACUUCUACAUGGAAACCCAGUGCGCAUGCGUGGUACCUAAGGGGGAGGAUGGAGAGUUUGAAGUGUUUUGUUGUACUCAACAGCCAUCUGCAAUACCGAGAUUCACUUCUUCAGUCUUGGGAGUUCCUUACAGUAGGAUUACAGGGCGUGUUAAGAGGCUGGGUGGUGCGUUUGGCGGGAAGCAGUCCAGGUCGGCGAUUCUUGCUGCUGCUUGUGCAGUAGCAGCUAACAAGGUUGGUCGACCAGUGCGCUUUAUGCUAGAGCGUGAUGAAGACAUGAAAUCGACAGGGACAAGACAUCCGUUCUUGGGUCGUUACAAGGUCGGUUGUACCAAGGAUGGAAAACUCGUCGGUGUUGACAUCAAGAUGUUCUCAAACGGUGGUUUCAGUCACGAUGUCUCCUUAGAGGUGAUGGACACGGCUCUUCACUUCUUCGAAAACGUAUAUCGGUUACCGGUUUUCCGGGUUGAGGGCCGAGUUUGUCGUACCAACCUACCAUCUAACGGAGCUUUCCGUGCGUUUGGAACGCCACAGGCGAUGAUUAUUACUGAAACAUUCAUGGAUGAUGUCGCAGUCAAAUGCAAGAUCCCUCAGCAUAAAGUAAGGGAGAUGAAUUUCUACAAGGAGGGAGAUAUCACACCUCGCAACCAAACCAUAAAAGAUUUCGCGUUGCCUCGCUGUUGGGAUGAGUGCUUGACCAAAAGCAACUACGCCAGUCGCAGGGAGGCUGUGGAUACCUUCAACAGGAAUAAUCGUUGGAAGAAGCGAGGACUUGCUGUCAUCCCUGUCAAGUUCGGCGUUUCCUUUUCCGUUCCUUAUUUUAAUCAGGCUGGUGCUCUAGUCCACAUCUACACUGAUGGUUCUGUUCUUGUCACACACGGGGGCAUUGAGAUGGGCCAGGGUCUGCAUACCAAGAUGAUUCAGAUUGCUGCCAGGACUCUAGGGAUACCUCAGGCAAAGAUCCACUUGACAGAAACAAACACUACUAAGGUUCCGAAUGCCUCAGUAACAGCUGCCAGUACAGGUUCGGAUCUCAAUGGAAGGGCAAUACAGAAAGCCUGUGAGACUCUUAAACAGCGACUCGAACCAUAUGUCUACGCCGACCCUAAAGGCAAUUGGGAAGGUUGGAUUGGUGCAGCUUAUAAAGAUCGUGUAAGCUUGUCAGCAGCCGGUUUUUAUAAAACACCGAAUAUAACCUACGACCGAGAGAAGAAUGAAGGUAAUGUAUAUCCCUACAGUACUUACGGUGUCGGGGUCUCCGAAGUAGAGAUCGACUGCCUUACAGGUGGUCAUCGAACUCUAAGAACCGAUAUCGUCAUGGACGUCGGAGAAAGCAUCAACCCUGCCGUCGAUGUUGGUCAGAUAGAAGGUGCCUUUGUCCAGGGUUAUGGUCUCUUUGUCAUGGAGGACCUGAGAUGGUCACCUGAUGGUCAGCUCUUGACCAAUGGUCCUGGCUACUACAAGAUACCAUCGUUUGGUGACGUGCCCCUAGAGUUUAAUGUUACUCUUCUUAAAAAUUCGUCCAAUCCUGUCAACAUCUGUUCAUCAAAGGCUUGUGGAGAACCACCCCUCUUCCUCGGCUCCUCAGUAUUCUUCGCUAUCAAGGACGCCAUGAUGUCAGCCAGAGCGGAUGAAGGGUUGACCGGUAUCUUCCGGUUAGACAGUCCAUCGGUUGCUGAAAGAAUCCGACUCGGCUGUGUGGACAAGUUUACCAAGAUGUUUCCAUCUCCGGAACCAGGUACCUUCGUUCCAUUCUUCGUCCGACCAUAAGAUUAUCAAGGGCAACAAGGGUCAAACGACAUCACCGGUGCUUUGGACGAGCAAAGGAUGCAUAAAUUCCAGGAUUACUGCAAAAACUGUGUUGUUAACCGGUGUUCAGUGGACCACGCCAGUCAUUUUGAUCCAGUUCUAAAUUGACAGUGUUAGUUUUACGCCCAUUGGCGUUAUUAAACCUCUGCUAGUUUCUUUAACACUCUUUGGUGAUAUGUCCAAUCUCUAUGGUUUAAUUUUACCACCUCAGGAUGUGGUCUUCUCGAGGAACCAUCUUGUGUUUAAGUAUAUGUAUCGUCCCCUUUACACAAUCUAUGAAACUCAAAUGAGUUUUAAUUGAUUUCGUGAUACAUGAUUUAAGAAAGCGGGCAGCCCAACUCCCUGUUACACCGAAAUUACAGCCAGAUUAGAACGGUUAAUUCAGAACAAAAAGCUGCGACACCAAAUAAAUUUCAUUUACCCAAAAAUAAAUCAUUUGUGUAAAUA